UGUGGGAAGUUAGUGUCCAGCAUAGCUGUGUGUCCCAGAUGAAAAUACCACCGACAGAAUGACGUCUUUGCAGUCAGUGUCACCAAAACAGACAGGUACCGCUCUGGGUGGUUUAGUAAUUAUAUUUCUCUCGAUCUUGCUGAUUCGUCAGCUUUUAAAGCAGAGAAGACCCAGAGGUUUUCCGCCGGGACCGACACCUUUACCUGUAAUUGGAAACGUCCUCUCUCUUAUAUCUGAGCCGCACGUCUACAUGAAGAAACAAAGUGAAAUCCAUGGACAGAUAUUUAGUAUGGAUCUUGGUGGCAUAUCAACUAUUAUAAUCAAUGGUUAUGAUGCUAUAAAAGAAUGUCUUUUACAUCAAAGUGAAGUUUUUGCCGACCGACCAUCUCUACCUCUUUUUAAAAAACUGACAAACAUGGGAGGAUUGCUGAAUUGCAAGUAUGGAAGGGGAUGGAUUGAACACCGCAAACUUGCUGUCAGCAGCUUCCGUUUCUUUGGCUAUGGUCAAAAGACAUUCGAAAACAAAAUUUCAGAAGAAUGCAUGUUUUUUAUUGAUGCUAUUGAUAAAUACAAGGGUAAAUCUUUUGAUCCCAAGCAUCUGAUAACAAACGCAGUGUCUAAUAUUUCUAACCUGGUCAUUUUUGGUGAGCGUUUUACAUACGACGACACUGAGUUCCAGCACAUGAUCGAGAUCUUUAGUGAAAACGUUGAGCUAGCUGCUAAUGCAUGGGCGUUCCUCUACAACGCCUUCCCAUGGAUCAGGAUCCUGCCCUUUGGUAAACACCAGAGGCUUUUUAAAAACGCUGCAGAGGUGUAUGACUUUCUGCUCAAAUUAAUUGAGCGUUUCUCCAGCAACAGAGUGCCUCAUUCACCCAGGCACUUUAUUGAUGCAUAUCUGGAUGAGAUGGACCAAAAUUCUAGUGACCCUGAACAUUCAUACUCCAAAGAGAACUUAAUUUUCACUGUUGGUGAGCUUAUUAUUGCAGGGACUGAAACAACGACUAAUGUAAUACGAUGGGCAGUGCUAUACAUGGCUCUAUACCCUAACAUUCAAGAAAAGGUACAUAAAGAAAUAGAUUGCUUUGUUGGGAAAAACAGGACUCCAACUUUAGAAGACAAACCAAAAAUGCAGUAUACUGAAGCAGUUCUGCAUGAAGUUCUGAGGUUCUGCAAUAUUGCUCCACUUGGGAUUUUCCAUGCCACUACAAAAAACACAGUUGUGAGGGGGUACACCAUACCAAAAGGGACCACCGUCAUAACAAACCUAUACUCUGUUCAUUUCGAUGAGAAAUACUGGAGCAACCCAGGACUGUUUAGUCCAGAGAGGUUUUUGGACAGCCAAGGGAACUUCUGCAAGAAAGAGGCUUUUGUCCCAUUUUCACUAGGAUUUAUAUACCCAAUUGUGAUAUGCCAAAAGAUAAACAGCAACGCAACUGACGGUUCUAAAGAGCCAAUUAAGAGAUUUUAUAACAAACCAAUAAGUGUAAUAAUGGUACAUAAAUCAUUUAAAGGCAGAAGACACUGUCUUGGAGAACAACUAGCUAAAAUGGAGAUGUUCCUGUUCUUCACAAUGUUGCUCCAAAGAUUUCACCUUCAGUUCCAGAAUGGCUUGGUUCCCAAUCUAUCAGCUAAACUAGGAAUGACUUUACAGCCCUAUCCUUAUAUCAUCUGUGCUGUCAGGCGGCAACUGUGACUGAUAAUAUGAACACUGACAGAAACAUAUACCUCAGCAUUUUCGUCAUGUGAAAGUGGAGGAAGCGCUGUGUAACUGCACAAUAAAAACAAACUGAUUUGGCAUGUGAGAAAAAAAAAACUAGGCUGUGACGAAUAAACAAGUAUAUUGUAACAUUGAAGAGAUGGGCUUUGUAUCAGGAAACUGGUGUCAGAAAUCACAUGAAGGGUAACUUCAAUAAUGUGUUACAUAUAUAUAAUGGGAAUUGAUUUGUUUCUUAAUACAAGGACGGUAAAAAGCGACUGCCGUGUAUCUGAGUGUCGUAUAUCCGAGUGCUGACUGUAUUACACUAUACCUAAUACAAGUUUAAUCUGAAUGUGAGCAAAGGUUAAAACUAAAUGUGUAUUUUAUACAGUGUUGUAAUUACUACUGGUUAUAGACCGUGUCCAUUAUUACUGUUUAUUAAACAGUUUCAAAAUAUUAAGGAUCAUUACCAGUGUUUAGCAAUGCCCCCUCCAGCCUUUGUAAACAAGUCUUUGUUAUUGUUCUGUUUCUGCAUAUUUCUAAUAUUGCAAAACAUUCCAUUGAAAAUAGACCAGCAUUUUCACAUACUGAGUUCGCAGUCAGCUUGAUACAAACAAAUAGAAAAUAAAUGUUUACUGGAAAUAUGUUGUUAAUACAUUUUUGUCUUCACGUGUGUCAUUUUGUUU